GGGAAGUACCGUUUCUCUCACACAGGCACAUUAUUUACGCUGGGGAUCUAAUGAUAUGAUUUCAAUGUAUAUUUCUCAGAAAUUUAGGAAUUUCUAAAGAUUUUGCCUGAGGAAUAAAAACAGGCAGGGAAGAAUGGAGAUUUGGGACUAAAUUAAAUUCUGCAGUUUUUGUAUAACAGCAAUAAGUAAAAGUGAAACUAAACUACAGAAUAAGCAGAAGUCAUUACUGAGCUCAGAACAGACUGAGACAGAAUGGCGUCUGGAUCUUCCCUCCUGGAAGAGGAGCUCUCCUGUCCUGUGUGCUCUGAAAUCUUCAGGGAUCCUGUUGUCCUGAGUUGCAGUCACAGCUUCUGUAAGGCCUGUCUGCAACAGUACUGGGAACAGAAGGGAUCUCGGGAGUGUCCAGUUUGCAGGAGAAGAUCUUCAAAGGAAGUACCCCCCCGUAACCUGUCUCUGAGGAAUACCUGUGAGGCGUUCUUACAGGAGAGAAGUCAGAGAGCUAAAGCAGGAUCUGAAGUGCUCUGCAGUCUGCACAGUGAGAAACUCAAACUCUUCUGUUUGGUGGAUCAAAUACCCGUCUGUGUGAUCUGCCAAACUUCAAAAAAACAUGCAAACCAUGAACUGCUACCAGUUCAGGAGGCAGCAGAAGACUAUAAGGAGAAACUCAGGACUGCACUGGCUCCACUGCAGAAGAAGCUAAAAGCCUUUAAUGCAGUGAAACUAAUCUGGGAUAAAACUGCAGAGCACAUCAAGAGCCAGGCCCAGCACACAGAGAGACAGAUAAAGAUGGAAUUUGAGAAACUUCAGCAGUUCCUAAAAGAUGAAGAGACAGCCAGAGUCACUGCACUGAGGGAGGAGGAGGAGCGGAAGAGUGAGAUGAUGAAGGAGAAGAUUGAGAAGAUGACAGAAGAGAUAUCAUCCCUCUCUGAACAAAUCAGAGCCAUAGAACAGGAGCUGGGAGCUGAAGACGUCUCAUUCCUGCAGAGCUACAAGGACACACAAAUCAGAGCCCAGUGCACACUGGCAGAUCCAGAGAAGGUCUCAGGAGCGCUGAUUGAUGUGGCCAAGCACCUGGGCAAUCUGAAGUACAGAGUGUGGGAGAAGAUGCUGGGGACUGUUCAGUACAGUGAGUACUGGGGGCAGGGAGAUCCACAUUGUCACUGUACAGGGGGAAUCUUCAGCAUCUUUUCCACAAGCUGA